AUGUGUCACUUCCGGGCACCAGACAGGAAGAGACAACGUAAAGUGGGACAUGACUUUACUUUAAUUUGUCAUUUUAUCACAUGAUGCGCGUUAAAGGAAAAUAAAUACCCGCUUUUUAAUCAGCUUAACGCUCUUUUCUCCGUCGCCUCUUUUCUCCGAUGGGGACCGACCAGAUGGAGCCGCAGAAGCCGGAGGAGGUGAUGGGGAGGCGGGUGUCCUGCAACGGGGACCGGGCCACGGUGCGGUACCUCGGCCCGGUCCCACCGACUGCAGGCCUGUGGCUCGGUGUGGAGUGGGACGACCCAGAGAGAGGAAAACACGACGGCAGCCACGAAGGAGUGAAGUACUUCACCUGCAGGCAUCCUAAGGGAGGUUCUUUCAUCCGUCCAGCGAAGGCGAGCUUCGGGGUCGACUACGUGACGGCCGUGCGACAGGUUUACAGGACGGAUGCGGAGGAGGUGCUGAGUGAGGAGGUCUCCAUCUUCUCUAAGAAGCUGGAGUGGUGGGCGGUGGAGGAGCGAAGCUUUGAGACUCUUCCUUCGGUGCUGUUGAACCUGAGUGAGGUGAACGGUCCAGGAGCUGAAGGAGAAAUCAGGAAAACAACGCCCAACGUUCAGUGGUUGGACCUGAGUGGGACUCUCGUGUCCUCGUGGGAGGAUGUAGCCGCCAUCACCGAGCAGCUGGACAAACUGGAGGGACUCCAGCUCAGCAACAACAGACUGAGUUUAGCUCCGGAGCCGUGGAGACACCGACACGCCUUCACCAGCCUCAAAGUCCUCGUCCUCAACUGCUGCCAGCUCACCUGGACACAGGUCCUGGAGAGCGCCCCCAUGUGGCCACAGGUGGAAGAUCUGCGUCUAGAAGGAAACAACAUCUCAGAGCUGCAGAGGCCGGAGGACGUCCUGCAGUCUCUGAGGUGUCUCGACCUGUCCAGUAAUCCUUUAGUGCAGGACAGCGUCCUCAGUCUGUCCACUCUGUCCAGCCUCGAGCAGCUGAACUUGUCCAGGACGGGACUUUCUGAGAUCCGGUUCCACGACGCUGCUCCUGGUUCUCAAACCGUCAUGUUUCCAGCUCUGAAGAAUCUCAACCUGGAUCACAACAACAUCACUGAGUGGAGUGUGGUGGACGAACUGGCCAAACUUCCCAGUCUGGUUCAGUUUUCGUGUCGUGGCAACAGACUGGUGAGCAGUGACGGGAAUCCCAAAACAGCCAAUCAGAUGCUGGUGGCUAAACUGGGGCAGCUGGUCGUCCUGAACAACUGUGAGAUCCAGCCUGAGGAAAGAAGGGGGGCGGAGCUAGACUACAUCAAGAUGUUUGGGGAGGAGUGGCUAAAGGCCGGUGGGCGGAGUCAAGCCAGUGACGAGUUCACCUGCCAACACCCUCGUUACCAGAAGCUCAUCGACAAGUACGGGGCUCCAGAGGAAGGUGAGCUGAGGAAGCAGGAGCCGUUUGCCCUGAAGAAUCAGCUGUUGAAGGUUUCCUUUGUGUUUCCUGAUGAUUCUUCCCGGAAACUGAUUGAGAAAAAACUCCCAGCCACCAUGGAGAUCCAGAAGGUGAAGGGGCUCCUCUACAGACUCCUGAAGGUCCCGGCUACAGAUCUGAGGCUCAGCUACACCAGCCACAAGAUGGAGGGGAUGGAGUUCACCAUCGACAGUGACCUGAAGACGCUGCAGUUUUACUCCAUAGAGGACGGAGACCAGGUGCUGGUCCGCUGGUCCUGAUCCAGACCAGAACCUGGAGGACUCAGUCUGUGGAUCAGCUGCUCUUCUUUAGGAUUAGUCUUCUGUCCAACACUAGUGCACAUCUUAAACCACCGUCUGAAGGAGAUGAUUUUACAGUUCCGCAGAAGAAGAAAAAGAAGAAGAAGCAAAAUAAAUAAAAUAAAAAGCUACAGACGAAAGUAAAAAGGAAACCUGAGGAUGACGAUGAAUCAUGUCGUUGUCAGAUCUGAUGCUCUGUGUGCAUCAUUCUUGGGUUUAACUGAUGUAUGAUAUUUAAAUGAGGAGAGUUUGACGUCAGAGUCCAGUGAAGGUUGUCUGGACAUUCAUGUUGUGUUAUGUUACAUUUCUGUCUCAUCACUUUAUUAUGUGUUUAUGUCGACAUGUUUUCCUCUGAAACAUUUUCCUCCUCCUCUACAUUCACAGUUCAGAGCUGAUGGUGGAAAGCAGGAAUUCACUUUAAUGAAUUAUUUAAAAUGUUAAAGGAAUAAAAUAAAAGUUCUCAUGACACUUCA